AUGCGAACCUAUGCGAGGGGCAUGGCAACCACUGGACUCCGGUACAGCAGUACGCUCCUCAUCAACAGAUCCUACCCCCAGCCGACUGGGAAACGGCUCAUUUCCUCAACGCCGCAAUCACAUAUCAAAGAAUAUUUUCCUCCACCUGAUGCACCGAAGAUCGUAAAGGUGACAUCGGCAUGGCAUCAUCCUGUUUACACCGAAGAAGAGAUGCGCCAAGUCACCGUCGGCCAUCGCGAGGCAAAGAAUUGGUCCGACUGGGUAGCGCUGGGGAGUGUCCGUGUCCUGCGAUGGGGUAUGGACCUGGUCACAGGCUACAAGCAUCCCGCCCCAGGCCAAGAACACAUCAAGAAGUUCCAGAUGACGGAAAAGGAAUGGGUGAGAAGAUUUGUCUUCUUGGAGAGUGUCGCUGGUGUACCCGGCAUGGUUGGCGGUAUGCUAAGACACUUGAGGAGCCUUAGACGGAUGAAGCGAGAUAACGGAUGGAUCGAGACUCUGCUUGAAGAGGCAUACAAUGAACGAAUGCACCUCCUUACAUUCCUCAAAGUCGCGGAACCAGGUUGGUUCAUGCGGUUGAUGGUCCUCGGAGCGCAAGGGGUGUUUUUCAAUGGCUUUUUCCUUUCCUACCUCGUCUCGCCACGAACCUGUCAUCGUUUCGUCGGAUAUCUCGAAGAGGAGGCUGUACUCACUUACACUCGAGCCAUUAAGGAUCUCGAGAGCGGCAGGCUGCCGCACUGGGAGAAGCUAGAGGCCCCAGAAAUUGCUAUUAGGUACUGGAAAAUGCCAGAGGGUCACCGGACCAUGAAGGACCUGUUGUUGUACGUCCGAGCUGAUGAGGCCAAACAUCGCGAAGUCAACCACACGCUUGGAAACCUGAAACAGGCGGUCGACGUCAACCCUUUCGCAGUCGAAUGGAAGGAACCAACCAAGCCGCAUCCUAGCAAAGGUAUCAAGCACUUGAAAACCACCGGCUGGGAACGAGAAGACGUUGUCUAA